UUAAAGAUGGCUUCUGCCCUGUAUGCUCUGCUCCAGUCAAUUAAUCAAUCAAUUCACGAUAUCACGAUAGCUCCAAGAAUCAAAUAAUCUAGUCGAUCCAUUCUAUCUGCCAGUCAGCCACCACCAUGCAGCUCACAUCCAUCCUUUCCCUCAUCUUCACCUUCAGCAUCUCAGCUACAACAGUCAUCGCUGCAAGCAUCCCUUACUCUCGUGCUGCAGCUGUCCGUCGGAAUGCUGAUCCAACGAUCUGGCACGUCUCCAACUUCAGCACCGGCUGCUCCCCUGCUGGCUGCACCUAUCACUUCAACAUCUUCUCCCCAGCCACCUCGAAUACUCCUGGUUUCAACACGACAUGCUCCGGCACAGAUCUACAAGAAGAAAACCAUUCCUGCGCAGAUCCCACUGUGAAAUCGACCCUCCGCCCACUGCUAGGUCCCUGGAAUGUCACUGUCCUCCAUAACUGGGUCACUCCGGAAGACGCUGAGUACUGGGCUAUUGGCCAGGCGAAUAUUACUUCCGGGACAACGGAUUUCACGAUCCGCGUCACUCAGCAAUAUGGGGUUGCUUGAAGAGCUUUAUUUGCUUAAUUUACGAUCAGAUGCAUAUCGAUCUAUCCUCGCCUCAUAAUAUCGACGUCGACACUGACACCGUACGGAUCGAGUCGACGGAUGGAUGACCAAUAUCAGUUCUUUAUUCUGUUUGGGGAAAAUUGGCUUCUGGGGUUCUCUAUGCUCCUUUUUCUCAUGACUUCUGUGAUGAAAAGUAAUACCCAUUUGUACAGUGUACGAUGGCCGCCUGUCUAGGUGGUACCUAAUAAUGUCUUGUCUGCAAUGGGCAAUUGAAAGAAUAUAGAUUAAUACAUUUACUUACUCUACUAUCAACA